UGCUGUGAGAGCUGCUGCAGUGCGCGCGGUCCACCCUGACGACAUGUUAUCCCAUUCCCGCUGUCUCACCCGGAGCCUCGGGCGCUCGAUCACCGCCCUGCGGCAGGGAAACGGUGUUCUCGCGAGACGAGCUACGUCAGGUAUAUCAUCAGCUAGUCAGUGCGUCAGCUUCAAGAACAGCCCGAGGUGUGAGACCCGGUCAAGCGUCUAUCAAAUCAGAUACUUCAACACCACAGCCGCUCACAGGAAUGAAGUUAUUACAGUAAAAACCCCAGCGUUUGCCGAGUCUGUCACAGAGGGAGACGUCAGGUGGGAGAAAGCUGUUGGAGACACAGUCUCUGAGGACGAGGUCGUCUGUGAAAUUGAGACUGAUAAGACGUCGGUGCAGGUUCCCUCUCCAGCCGCAGGAGUCAUCGAGGAGCUGCUGGUUCCUGAUGGCGGGAAAGUGGAAGGAGGCACUCCUCUGUUCAGACUCAAGAAAGGAGCUGGAGUUGCUAAGACAGCGGCUGCACCUCCUCCUGCAGCAGAGACGCCUGCGGCUGCUGCUGCACCACUUCCUCCUGCUGCUCCUGCUCCUGCUGCUGCAGGUCCCAUCCCCUCCACCAUGCCCCCUGUACCCCCUGUGCCAGCCCAGCCCAUCCAGUCCAAACCAGUUUCAGCCAUCAAACCCACUGCUGCUGCUCCUGCUGGUGUUGACACUGGAGUCAAAGCCGCCCGCUCAGAGCACAGGGUGAAGAUGAACCGCAUGAGACUGCGAAUCGCUCAGCGGCUGAAGGAAGCGCAGAACACCUGUGCCAUGUUGACAACCUUCAAUGAAGUUGAUAUGAGCAACAUUACAGAGAUGAGGAAACAAUACAAAGAUGCUUUCCUGAAGAAACACGGUAUCAAACUGGGCUUCAUGUCUGCGUUUGUGAAAGCUGCUGCCUACGCUUUGACAGACCAGCCUGCCGUUAACGCUGUCAUUGAUGACACAACCAAAGAGAUCGUGUAUCGGGAAUAUGUGGAUAUCAGUGUGGCCGUCGCGACACCAAAGGGUCUCGUGGUUCCAGUGAUCAGAGGCGUGGAGGGAAUGAACUUCGCCGACAUUGAGAAAACCAUCAACGAGCUGGGAGAAAAGGCUCGUAAGAAUGAACUUGCUGUGGAGGACAUGGACGGUGGCACGUUCACCAUCAGUAACGGAGGGGUGUUCGGCUCCAUGUUUGGGACACCGAUCAUCAACCCGCCACAGUCUGCCAUUCUGGGCAUGCAUGGCAUCUUUGACCGGCCCGUGGCCAUUGCUGGGAAGGUGGAGAUCAGGCCGAUGAUGUACGUGGCUCUGACGUACGACCACCGUUUGAUUGACGGCAGAGAGGCGGUGACCUUCCUGAGGAAGAUCAAAUCGGUGGUGGAGGACCCUCGGGUGCUGCUGCUGGACAUGUGAACGCACUCAAAAGAGCCGCAACUCGCACAGAACGGUCAUCGCCACCCGUCUGACACACUAGGGGAAGACGCGUCACUGUUAGAGUAAUUGAUGGCAGCAGGUGAUUGGAGUGGAUUCGCAUUGAUUAGCUUCAUGUCGAGUUGUUUUACCAUGUAAAUGUCCGCUGGGUUUUCAGAAUAUUAUGGAGUUUGUCGCCCUCGCAGGAAAGCCGUCGCGCUGUCCUGUCCUUCUAUGUACAAUUCAACACACAAACCAUGACCUGUGCAAUUAUUUGUUUCUAAAUGAUGAAUAAAAUAUUAGUAAUAUACAGUAUGUCAUAUUUAAUCUCUUCAGUGUAAAAAAAAAUCUUCGAACAGAUAAGAACAGUUCAUCAGAAACACUAUGUUCCAGUGUGUCGCAGGUGUUUUGUUUUUUCACCCGCACAACUCCAGACGAUCAGAUUCUGUCUGCCCGUGUAAAGAACCAAAACUGAGAUUUUAAACAAUAAAAUGAAUGAAAUGCUCCA